AUGUUCACUGUAGGACUGGGAUACAAUAAUUGUAUAAAUGGGCAGAAGAAGGUUCAAGAGGAAUUUGACAUAGACAUGGAUGCGCCAGAGACAGAGCGGGCGGCCGUGGCGAUACAGUCCCAGUUCAGAAAAUUCCAGAAGAAAAAAGCGGGGUCCCAGUCUUAG